GCCCCUGGGGUAAAAAAAAUCAGAGCAGAGCCUGUGGGUGUGUAUAAAAGAAGGCUCAGGGAGUCUGGGCUACACAGCUCUUAGAAAGCCUUGGCUGAACCAGAUGAGCGGGAGGACGAUGCAUCUCUGGGCGUUCUUGCUGCUCUGGGGUCCUUGUGCCUUCAGUCUUCCGACAGACACUGCUACCUUUGGACGAGUCCUGCUCAAGAAAAUGCCUUCCGUCCGGGAAAUCCUUGAGGAGCGGGGAGUGGACAUGACCAGGCUCAGCGCUGAAUGGGGCGAAUUCACCAAGAGGCCUUCCUUUAGCAAUGUCACCUCCCCCGUGGUCCUUACCAACUACCUGGAUACCCAGUACUAUGGUGAGAUCGGCAUCGGUACCCCACCCCAGACCUUCAAAGUCAUCUUUGACACGGGCUCAGCCAACCUCUGGGUGCCCUCCACCAAGUGCGGCCCCCUCUACACUGCUUGCGGGAUUCACAGCCUCUAUGACUCCUCAGAGUCCUCCAGUUACAUGGAGAAUGGGACCGAAUUCACCAUCCACUACGGAUCAGGGAAGGUCAAAGGUUUCCUCAGCCAGGACGUGGUAACUGUGGGUGGAAUCAUUGUGACGCAGACCUUUGGAGAAGUCACCGAGCUGCCCCUGAUACCUUUCAUGCUGGCCAAGUUUGACGGGGUUCUGGGCAUGGGCUUUCCUGCUCAGGCCGUCGACGGGGUCACCCCUGUCUUUGACCACAUUCUCUCCCAGGGGGUGCUGAAGGAGGAAGUGUUUUCUGUCUACUACAGCAGGGAUUCCCACCUGCUGGGGGGCGAAGUGGUGCUGGGAGGCAGCGACCCGCAGCAUUACCAAGGCAAUUUUCACUAUGUGAGCAUCAGCAAGACUGGCUCCUGGCAGAUCACAAUGAAGGGGGUCUCUGUGGGGUCUUCUACCUUGCUGUGUGAGGAAGGCUGUGUGGUAGUGGUGGACACCGGUACAUCCUAUAUCUCUGGCCCUACGAGCUCCCUGAAGUUGAUCAUGCAAGCCCUGGGAGCGAAGGAGAAGAGAACAAAUGAAUAUGUUGUGAACUGUAGCCAGGUGCCCGCCCUCCCUGACAUCUCCUUCUACCUGGGAGGCAGGGCCUACACACUCAGCAGUAUGGACUACGUGCUACAGUAUCCCUACAGGAAUGAUGAUCUGUGCAUACUGGCUUUCCAAGGCCUGGACAUCCCACCACCCACUGGGCCUGUCUGGGUCCUGGGUGCCACUUUCAUCCGCAAGUUCUAUACGGAGUUUGAUCGGCAUAACAAUCGCAUCGGAUUCGCUUUGGCCCGCUAAGGCCCUCUGCCACCCAGUGACCCUAGUUUUAAGCCAAGCCAAAGCUGGUGCUUCUGGGGGCCAUUUUGUCUGGCUUUGCCCCCAACAUAGGGACACUGGACACAGAGCCCCUGAUGAGUGCUUGCCCUUUGGCCUGAACUCACCCUUCCCUGCUUUAAGGAAAAACAGAAUAAAGGCUUCAGGUUUACAACC